CGUAUCCGUGCUACUUCUCGUAUCAAGCAGUCGAGUUGCCGUCGGCGCACUUUUAUUUUCUCUUCUCUCUCACUCUAUAAUUUGAACUGCUACUAAGCGAGUACAACUUAUAUCUAUCACUACGUGAUGUCUAUAUAUACACAUAUGCAUUCAUACUUAUCUUGAAUAUUUACUACUGUUCGACAUUUAUAUUUAUAUCUAUAUUAGAAGAAAGAAAAGAGAGAAGAAAGAGACAAAUUUUCUUUAAACAUUUCAGUAUAUGUAUUUUUUAGUAUAUUUUGCAUUGGAAAACAAAAAUCUAUCUUUCAUCACUGUGUAAACUUACCUUCAUGCACUUCAACCGUACAUUUUUAUGCGAAAGUAUACAAAUUCUUCAUACUUAUUACUAGUUCUGUGAGGAGUUUUUAUGCAAAAAAGAAGACGUAGUUAUUGUUAGAUAUGAAUAUAUAUAUUUACAUGUAUAUAUUUUCGUGAAACAAAAUCAUAUCUUCGGUUUAUUUUCAUUCGAAAGUUUCAUCGGAUAAUUUAUUACUUUUUGUUUGGUUUUUGGGUUUUACUCAUUUUGUAACACUGGAACUAUGCCGAGACGAAUGCUUGAUAACGAUGAAGAAAUUGCUCUUCAAUCCGAAAUUCGGCGAGAAUUAGAUCGGAAAUAUAAACCAAUAUUUGAUGAUCAUGGUCCUCAAGGAAUACCCCUGAAGGAUCUUCGUGAAGAAAUGGUGAACACUGGCAUAACAUCUCAUGUUCCAAAACGUCAGUUUGAUAAAAUGUUGGCGAAAGCCAACAGUAAUAAAGAUUCCUUCAUAAAUUAUGAAGAAUUUGUAACUUUGAUGGCUGGUGAGGAUGCUCUACUUUCCCGAGAUAAAGUGAAAGUUAGUGGUGUUGUGGAAGCAGCCAUUGUAAGCAUUGUUCCUAUCCGGAAACAAAAGGAUUUCCUUGCGAACUACACUUGUUGUCCACCACCAAUUUUUAUGCUUCUUGUCACCCUGGCUGAGAUUGGUGUAUUUGUUUAUUACGUUCUUGAGCUGAAAAAAAAAGAUAUUGAAGUUACAUGGAGUACAGGUGUCCCUAUUUGCAGUCCUUUGAUAUAUAGUCCUUACGAUAGAAAAGAAGCAUGGCGUUUUGUUUCAUACAUGUUCAUUCACCAAGGUUACCUUCAUCUCAUCUUCAACUGCAUUUUCCAAAUUAUCCUUGGAAUACCACUUGAGUUUGUGCACAAGUUUUGGCGCCUGUUCCUUGUUUACAUGCUGGGUGUUCUUGCAGGUUCCAUGGCACAUUCUGUCACUGACAGGUUUUCAUUUCUUGGUGGUGCCAGUGGUGGUUGUUAUGCCUUAAUUGGAGCACAUCUUGCUGCUGUCAUUGUGAACUGGAAAGAGAUGAAUUACAAGUGUUGGGAAGGUUCCUUCGUACGUAUGCUAUUCAGUGCACCAGUUCGUCUAAUAGUUAUUCUUACAUUGGUGUUUACUGAUACUGGUAGUGCCAUCUACAGAAGAUAUACCACUACUGGAGGAACUAAAGUGGGUAUUUCUGCUCAUAUUGGUGGUAUGCUUGCUGGUCUGUUAUUAGGAGUUCCAGUUAUGAAGAACAUCAAUGAGUUACCAUGGGAACGGACUCUUGGACUGGUUACUGCUGUCAUUUAUGUAAUAUUCACCAUGAUCGCUGUUCUCAUUAACAUUCUUUAUCAUGAUUAUCCAGACCCUAAUUUAGAUCCUUGUUAAUUCUAAAGAUAUUAUUGAUAUUAUUAUUAUUAUUAUUAUUAUUAUUAUUAUUAUUUUUUUUUUUUUAGUAGUGUUAUUAUUACUAUUACAUUAGGAUGGCAGAUUGGUAGAAUUGUGGGAGUCAGAAAAAAUGCCUUGCAGUAUUUUGUUUGCUCUGUUACUUUCUGGGUUCAAAAUCCUACAGGUGUUGCCUUUAGCUUUUGUAAAUAGAAUAAGUAUCAGUCAAAUAAUGAGGUUCGAUUUAUUCAACUAUAUCUCUUCUCUCAAAAUUUCAGACCUUGUUUUAUAUAUUAGAAACAAUUAUUAUUAUUAUUAUUAUUAUGGUAGCAUGGGCAGAAUUGUUAGCAUGCUGAGCAAGAUGCUUAGCAGCAUUUCGUCUGUCUUUACAUUCUGAGUUUAAAUUCUGCUGAGGUCAACGUAGCCUUUCAUCCUUUCAGAAUUGAUGAAAUAAGUACCAGUUACGCACUGGAGUUGAUACAUUAUUUACAAUUAAUGGAUAUUUAUCCUCAUCUUGUUUGUGUUAACGACAAAUAAGAUGAGGACAAAUAUCCGUUAAUUGUAAAUAAUGUAAAUAAUGUACAUAAUUCCUCAUCUCUUUAUAUAGAACUGGAGUUGAUGUAGAACUGGAGUUGAUGUAGAACUGGAGUUGAUGUAGAACUGGAGUUGAUGUAGAACUGGAGUUGAUGUAGAACUGGAGUUGAUGUAGAACUGGAGUUGAUGUAGAACUGGAGUUGAUGUAGAACUGGAGUUGAUGUAGAACUGGAGUUGAUGUAGAACUGGAGUUGAUGUAAUCAACUAGUUCUCUCCCCGCAAAUUUCAGGUUUUGUGCCUAUAGUAGAAAGGAUUAUUAUAUAAGCAAGGUAGCAGAAUUUCUUGUGUGCUGAUCAAAAUAUUUUGUGGCAUUUCAUCUAUCUUCAUCUUCUGAGUUCAAAUUCUGUUGUGGUUGACUUUGCCUUUCAUCCUUUCGGUGUUGAUAUAAUUGGCUAGCAUCCCUCUCUGUUCCCAAAAUUUUAGGCCUUGUACUUAUUCUAGAAAGAAUUAGUAUUAUUAAUGUUAUGUUUAUUCUUGCUAUGAUAAGGGUGGUAGAUGACAGGCAAUACCAGAACACCAGGCAAAAUACAUUCCAGUAUUGAGCUACAUCUCCUUAACAUUCUGACUUCUUCAAAUCUUGCCAAUUCUGACUUCAUCUUUCACAUUCUAGAUAGCUGACGAAAUAAGAACCAGUCAUUCUUUCUCCACAAAAGAGUUUUGUACCUAAGUUAGAAAUCAUUAUUACUGAUGGAAAAAAUUUUAUUAUCAUUAUUAUUAUUAUUAUUAUUAUUAUUAUUAUUAUUAUUAUUAUUAUUAUUAUUAAGGUUACAAAGAGUGGCGAGCUGGCAGAAUCAUUAGCACACCAUACAAAAUGCCAAUAAGCAUUUUGUUUAUGUUCUGAGUUCAAAUGAUGCUGACUUUGCCUUUCAUCCUUUUGAGGUCAGUGAAAUAAGUAUCAGUUGAGCACUGGGGUUGAUGUAAUCAACUAACACCACCCUCACCAAAAAUUUCAGGCUUUGUGCCUAUAAUAGAAAGGAUUAUUAUUAUUAUUAUUAUUAUUAUUAUUAUGGCAGUGAGCACUAGUUAGCAAUCUGGAUGAAAUUCUUAGUGGUAUUUCGCCCGCCACAAUGUUCUGAGUUCAAAUUCCACCAAGGUUGACUUUGCCCUUCAUCCUUUCAGGGUCGAUAAAAUAAGUACCAGUUGCACACUUGGGUCAAUGUAAUCAACUUAUCCUCACCUCCCUCAAGCUGUCCUUAUGGCAAAAGUUUGAAAUAAUAAUAAUAAUUAUUAUGAUUAUAAUUAUGAUUAUUAUUAUUGAGGCACUGAGCUGGCAGAACCAUUAGCACAAUGGGCAAAAUGCUUAGUGGUUUUACAUCUGCUGCUACAUUCUGAGUUCAAAUUCUGCUGAGGUCAACUUUGCCUUUCAUCUGUUUGGGGUCGAUAAAAUGAGUACCAGUUGAGUACUGGGGUUGAUGUAAUUGACUAGUGCCCUCCCCCAAAAUUUCAGGCCUUGUGCCUAUAGUAGAAAGGAUUAUUAUUAUUAUUAUUAUUAUUAUUAUUAUUAGUGUGACUGCCAUUAUUUUUGUUGUUAUAAGGGCAUUAGAUUGUGAGUAUUACUAAAGCAUUGAACAAAAUGCUUUGUUAAAUUUUGUUAUUGCCCCUUACUUACUGAGUUAAAAAUCUAAGCUUCCUUUCAACCUUCCAAAUUCAAUAAAAUAUGUACCAGUUAAAUAUUGAGGUCAAUUUAAUCAGCUGUUUCUGCUCUUGGAAGUUACAGCCUUUUGCCAAUGUUUAAGAUAUUUUUGGUAUCGUUAGUAUUGUUUUAAUUAUUAUAUUUUUUAUUAUUAAUAAAUUAUAUAUUUUAGCUUCUUGCAUAUUUUUUCAUUGCAUUUGGAUUGUCAACAAAAUUUUGUGCCUUAACAAAAAAGUAAAAGUUAAAAAAGAAAAAGAAAAAAAAGUAAAAAUAAAAAGUAAAAAUAAAAAAAAGCAACCACCCUCCUCAAAAGAAUUCAUGGAAUAUCAUUUUUAAGAAUUUUAUUUUCAUUAUCAUAAACUGCUAUUUUUAUAAUUGCUAUUAAUAACUGUUGUCAUAAUAUGAUUAUAACUGGGUAAGAAAAUCAUCUUCCAACAACAGAAGAGAAUUGUAUUUUAUUGAAGAGGUGUUGUUGAUUUAAUGAUGAAAGUACCAACUGACUUACUGCCUGGAUGUUUAUUGUUGUAUGAAAAUCAAAGUUGGGACUGUUAUAGCAUGUUUUUCAGUAACAUCACAAAACAAUUCUGUUGGCUUGUUUUUUUUUUAAAUGUGACAAUGUGUGGGUGAGUUAGCUCCUUUAUAUCUCUUGUAGGUGCCAGCAUGACUAUGUGGUUUAUGUUUGCCUCAUGGUCACUUGAUAUCUGCAUCCUGAGCAGAUAUCUUCUAUCACAUCUUCAGCUUAAUGUAAAUUAACUUGGGUAGAAGAAACUGUGUUGAAACCUAUUGAUUUAUUGUCUGAUAAGUUGUGGUUUCUGCUCCUUUCCCCUCCUAUCCAUUCUUGAUGGCCAAGGAAAGCUUAUGGCCCUGCUUCAUCUUAUCCAUAGACGUAAAAUUAAAAGGAGCAUUAUGAAGAAUUCCCAUUUUCUCUUAUUACCAAAAUGCUUCUGAUGGAGAGAAUGUUUUUCCUCUUCUUCCUAGGCUUGUUUGUUAAUUUCACCUUUAUUUGCUCCAGGUUAAGCCACUAAAACAAGGUCUCAUUUUUGCAUCUAUUAUUUAAUUCCCAUGUGAUAAAGCAAUAGAACAAAUUACCAGAAAGUUCAAAAUAGAAAUGCAGUUUUAUUCUUUGGGCAAAACCUAUUAUGAGAUUAAGGCUUUUGGUAAAAGCAAGAACAUCUCAACAACCUACUUAUCUAUUCCAAAUCUCUUGCUGAUGAUAUAAUUAAUAGUUUUUUAGUUUAAGCCCAUGUUAAUCAUAAUAAAUUAGAUCCAUGAUCAAAGGUAUUCUAGCAAUGACUGUCUUGUCUUUUUGUAGAUCAAGGAUUAGUUUGUUUAAUGUGACUUACUUUUGAGAUAAAUUUAACUGAUAUUUUUUGGAGGUUGCGCAGCCACAUGGGGGCUUCGUCCAGUUGUGGCUUUUCUAUUGAAUCUUUUCCCCCUAAAUUACCAUCAUCAUUUCAUAAAAAAACCCCCAUAAGGUACAAAAAAAUAAUUACUGAAAAUAUCACAAACAUCAAUGAAACAAAGCAAUAACAGCUACAAUAAUAUAUUAAGAGGGUGAAAGAUUCACAGAAUUAUUAGUAUCAGGGGUAAAAAUGCCUUGUCAAAUAUGCUCCAAUCUUUAAUGCUCUGAGCUCGAAUCUUUCUGAGGUCAGUUUUAGCUUCUAUUUUUUUGCAGUUGAAAUAAAGUAUCAGUCAAGUGUUAGGAUUGAUGUAAUUGAUUGAUACCCUCCCCUCAAAAUUGCUGGCCUUCGUUCCAACCCAUGCUAGCAUGUAAUACAGUGAUUAAAUGAUGUACCUAAGUUAGGAAAAAGCUAUUAACUGCAUUUUUGUUUUCCCUUGAGACUAGAGAGUUACACUCUCUUUCCUCUUCAAUAAUCUGACACUGAGCAGUGAAGUAUGACAAUUAGCAAGUCUGCAUGUUAAUAGCUCCAGUUAAUAAUUCAUCUAUCCACACAAUCUAGUACCUGUCUAGCUGUGCACUUGUCUAAAGGUCUGCCUAGUCGCAAAGUCUCUAAGUCUGAUGUUUAGUUAUUGAACUGUCUGCCUAUCUUAAUUAUUUUCAACCUGCCUCUCACAUAACCACACAAUGUCACCACUCACCACGUAGGGAGACAAUGUACAUGAGAGCAACAGAGAUAAGACGAUUAGUUAUGUGGAAGUUGAUGUUGUUUUAAAGCUGCCAUUUGACCUGACCUUCAAUUUUAAGAAAAUAAAUUGCUUGGGAUCAAAUGUCAGGCUUUUCUGUAAAGGUGGGAUAGACCAAUCUUAUUAGGAGGAAGUGGGAGAGAGAGAGAGAGAGUGAGAGAAGAGAGUAAAGUGAAAAAAGGAAGGAAGAGUAAGAAACCCAGUGAAUGGUAGAAAGAGGCAGAGAGGAGGCAUUUACUGACGAAUAGGUAUGAGAGGAGUUGAGAUAUUAAUACUAACUGGUGGGAAGGGAAGGUAGACAAUAGAUGCCCUGUAACUGAACCAUGAUGGAUGUGGGGUGGGGGGAAACUUACUGUGUAGAGAAAGUAAAAAGGUGUAAAUUAGCUUCCAGUGAAUUGAUAAUAGUAAUUGGGAUAUACUGAGUGAUGGGAGAGAGAGAUAGGGAAAGAAUGGCAACCUAACUAUAACACCUCAACAUUAACCAGUAAUCUAGACAGAUAAUUUAGGUACCCCAUCCUCUCCCUUAGUCUGUUGCACGUCAGACCUAUUGGCUUAAAGGUCAAUGGUUCAUGUUCUGUUAAUAACUCUGUGUCUAUGGCCAAAAUGCUAAAUUCUUGUUACCAUCACCAUCAUGUUAUCAAGUAUACUAUCUUUGUUUUAACAGUGAUUUCAGUGGAUCUGAGCAAUGGCUAACAACUAUUUGACUCCAUUCUUGCUUUCAAUCAUUGUUACUGUCCUUGAAAGCAUAUUCACAUCAUAAUUGUAUGCCUUACUUAUCUGUUAUCCUUCAGUUUUAACUUGGAACUGGGAAUCCUUUUUUUUUUUGUUUUAAUAUUUUGUUGCUCAUUACAUUUACCUUUGUCUGAUUCACAAUAUCUAUUUCUUGAUUAUUCACCAAUUAAUGUGUUACAGUAAUGUAUGGACUUGUAGAAUAUUACAUUAAAUGCGUUGCAAUAUUAGAGCAUUGGAAGGCAGUGAGCUGGCAGAAUCAUUAACAUGCCAGGCAAAAUGCUUCGUAGCAUUUCAUCUGUCUUGACGUUCUGAGUUCAAUUUCUACCAAGGUCAAAAUUUGCCUUUUAUCCUUUCAGGGUCAAUAAAAUAAGUACCAGUUGAAUAAUGGGGUUGAUGUAAUCAACUUAUUCCUCCCUUGAAAUUGCUGGCUUUGUGCCAAAAUUUGAAAUCAGUAUUAGAACAUUGUAAGUUAGUGAGCUGGCAGAAUCAUUAGCAUGCUGGACAAAAUGUUUAUCAGCAUUUUGUCUGUUUUUAUGCUCAGAGUUCAAAUGCUAGCAAGAUUGACUUUUGUCUUUCUUAAUUUGGGGUUGAUGAAAUAAAUACCAACUGAGCACUAGGGUUGAUGUAAUUUACUUAGCUCCUUCCCAUGAAAUUGGCCUUGUGCCAAAAUUUAAAAACAAUAUUAAAGCUUUGUCUCUAUUUGGCCCCAAGUUUAAAUCCAACUGAGAUUGAUUGCUCACCUUGCCUUUCAUUCUCUUGAGAGCCUGUAAUAUAAAUUGACUUAUAUUCCUGCGCUCCAAAAUUUGGUUAGCUGGGUCAUGACAUCUGUGGUAUAGUAUUUGAUUUGCCCAUGCUGACAGAGAGGUGUAUGAGUAUUUGAAAGAUUCAUCAUUGUGAUAGCUAAAAGUCAGGUGGGGAUUCACAUUCCCUUUCUACACAUGCAGUAAAGUAACGGUAAGUAGGACAACUGGAAAUGUAUGGGGUAGUAAAC